AUGCACCUCUCGCUGUCGGUGUCCCUUGCGAUCCUGCUGGCACGACCCUUCGUGUCGGCGGCAUCCGAUCUUGCUUAUUGCUCCUCAGAGAACACUGGAUCCUCAUUCUCGGCUGUCCUCAAUAACUACCAGUCGAAUGGAGCUUGUGAGACCACCUGCAAAAGUUACGCCUUUGGUGUACUUCAGGGCAAGAAGUGCUGGUGCUCUAACGUAGCCCCGUCUUCGAGCUCGACGUCCAAGACUUCGAACUGCGAUACCUCAUGCCCCGGUUAUCCCAGCGACAGCUGCGGUAGCGCAGCCCAGGGCGUCUACGCCUAUGUCGCCAUCUCGGGCAAUUCGGCAACCAGCACGGCAAAGGGAUCUGGCAGUAGUACUACUUCGACAUCGACGUCCACCUCCGAUCGCGUUGUCCAGACCACCUCGAACGGCGAAGUGGUGACCAUCACCAAACCGGCCCCGAGCGCCACUGCUGGUUCUAGUUCGUCCAACAGCGGCGGCGGCUCCAGCCUGAGCGGCGGUUCAAUCGCGGGUAUUGUGAUCGGCGUCCUCGGUGGCCUUGCUCUUAUUGCAGCCCUUGUAUUCCUGGUCUUCUUUUACCGGCGUCGAUCACGCGCCGUGAGCCCCGCACCCAGCCAGGACAUGACCGACAACCGGACCAGCCAGGGCUCUAGCUUUAUGCGUGGUGUCUUUCCUCAAGGCGGCCAUAUGCACGACUCGUCCGCCCAGUCGGGUAACGGGCGCCCAAACCAGUUCACGGAUAACCGCUUGAGAACUGACGCUGUCGUCUACUCGCACGGUCGUCAGGACAGCAGCACAUCGCUCCAGGACAAUGAAGACUACUCGCGCCCAGUCCUUCGCCUCACUAACCCCGACUAA